AAAAGAAAGUGAAGGUCAAGAGCUUUAGCAGAAACUUAAGAAGCAAUGGAGUUGUAUGAAAAAAAUAAAUAACAUGAAACUUCCUAGGAAAUUAACUGUGAGAGGGAUUUGACUGCAAGGAGGUAAAACUUCAGCCAUGUGGUAGAAGAGCUGGAUGCACAGUGAACCAAAGGUCCUAAAGAACUGGGGAAAAAACUGUGAAGACACAUCCACAUUAUUUUCCCUGAGGGGGGGAAAAACCCUUACGAUAAUUGGUUGAACACUCACUCUGCUGGGGAAAAACAAAACAAGAAGAAACCACAGCUUCAAGAAAAGAAAUGCGCACCAAGGGCCAAAAAUGAACUGAAGUCGAUUUCUGACCCUCAGCAAGGAUCCUCAUGCCCAGAUGUUCCAAACUCAGCAUUUGACAGAGGCCCAAGAAGCCCAUGGGAUCCUCUGCAUUAACAGAAUGCUGACACUUAAUGCAUAACCUUCUGCAGUUCUCACAGUUCUGUGAAGGGGAGUGCCAGGACUAGCCCAUUUUACAGAUUCAGAACUCAGUUCUUGGAGAGAGGCUAAGUAACUCUGAGACCACGUGGCUGGUGUGGGCUCACAGGACCCUCUAACUCCCCACUACCGCCACCCCCCCACCCUGCUUUCCUCAGUGGUUUCUGUUAGAAUAUCAGCCCUCUGGGGCAACCUUGACCCAGGGAGCCUUCUGUAGGGCUCUGCAAGUACAGAUGGGCCAGACCUACCUCUGAGUGCUGCACUGUUGGCAAAUGCUUAAGGGGUGCCUCAGGCAAGCCUGGGGGCAGGUCCUGCCUCCGUGCUCUGGAGAGACAGCCCGUGAACGAGCACUCUGCUCGGGCUCUGGCCACGGCCGACAAGAGGAUCAGGUGCCCUGAUGAGCAGGCAUGGCCCCGUCAAGGGGGGCAGGUAACAAACUUCUACAUCAGGACCCUGACUCUGGGAAAGCAGAGGUCCUCCACAUUCUCAGUAGGCUCUAAGAGAUGACCCUGAGAAAUCUGCCCUCCUCCCAGGUCUGCCUGUCCCAAAGUGCUCCCACAGUAAACCUCAGUGACUCACCAACCCUGUCCUGUGACCUUUGGUCUCAUCUGGAUAUCUGGGAUGCUGUUAAAUCUACCCCAGCGCAAAACUGCCGGAGGAGAUGGGCGAUAAGCAGCAGUGCUUCAGGCUGGGCUCUUCCGUCCCAGAUGCGGUCUCAGCAGGGGCCAGACAAGCUUGGUCAGAACCAGUGGGAGGCAGACAGGCCAAGGACCUUGGAGGAAAUUCCUCAGUGGGGAGGGAAAGGGCUCCCCCCAACCUGUGAGUUAGGAGUGCAGCUACUGUUGGUGCCGCCUGCCUGGAGUUGUAAAUAGAACCUAUUAAGAUAAUAAAAGAGUGGGUUCCAAAGUUUAUCUCCUCUGGUUCCAGUCUUUAGAGAGAUUUCUCCUUAUAGGAUGUAGCUGAUCUGGGGGGAAUCUGGUUAAUUUUAAAACAGACUGGUCUGGACACAAAUGAGCAAAAUAAAAACAGUUUGGAGAGAAACUGGCUGCUCGACCCUCCCUUUUUUGUGUGGUGUAUCCAAGCUUCGUUGCUUAAAAAAAAAAAAAGGUGUUUAAUAAUUACCUUUAUUGACCUCUGUACCUUGUGGCUUCCUUCUCUCCUGGGCACGAGACAUGGCCAUUCCUAGGGCACUACUGUGCAGAGGAAGGUGGUCAGCUGCCCUGGGCAGGUCCCUGGGCUCCUCGAGGUCAAGGAGAAGGUAAGGCCACCAGGUGAUGGGAAGGCUGGCUGAUCCCCUGGCCAGGGACCCGAGAGGGACUUCAUCUGGAGAAGGGGAACAGGGAAUGAGCACUAAGUAGUUCAGCCUUGAACGGAUUUCCCUCAGCAACGUUCCUGGCAUCACUCAAUGAAAAACUAUCUAUACCGUGGAUCUAUUGUGUGAGGUGCCUUAAUUACUUGGGGAGUAAUUAUGAGAAAAGCCUUCCUUCUUCAGACUUGACUCCACUAAGGAUAUUCCAGUAUGUUUUUAAAUAUUUCUUUUUAAAAGCCUUUGAAAAAAUGAGGUUGGGCUGUAGAAUGACUUUCAGGCAUGUCACUGCUGAGGGUGUGGGCGCAUAGGAUAGGUGAGGGGGCACGGGGGUACCGGAGUAGUUUGGAAAAGAGCUUGGAACCCCAGCUGCCCAGGCUCUGAACGGCAGUCAAAAUUUUGCUGGGACUGAGCAAAUUAUCCCUAAGGAGUCGACAGCUGCAUUUCCCCCAAACUGUAGCUAAUCAUCUGCUCAUAGAAUCAGUUCCCACAACCCAGGUGCGACAGCUGAGCCCCCAUUUGCAUCUUGUCCGAUAGAGCAUUUGCUGAGUGAACACCCGUGUCCUCCUUGCAGCCUCCUAGAAUUGGCAGCGGGUGGAAAAUGGAAGAGACAAGCCUGAGAAAAAGGAGAGAGGAUGAGAAGUCGAUCCAGAGCAUCGAACACAAGACCACAAAUCUCCAAAAGGAGCUGGGCCUGUUCAGCGGCAUCUGCAUCAUCGUGGGCACCAUCAUCGGCUCCGGGAUUUUCAUUUCCCCCAAGUCUGUGCUCAGCAACAUGGAAGCCGUGGGACCCUGUCUCAUCGUCUGGGCGGCUUGUGGGAUUCUUGCGACACUGGGCGCUCUGUGCUUUGCGGAGCUUGGCACGAUGAUCACCAAGUCGGGGGGCGAGUACCCUUACCUGAUGGAAGCCUUUGGCCCCAUUCCUGCCUAUCUCUUUUCCUGGACCAGCCUGUUCGUCAUAAAGCCCUCGUCCUUUGCCAUCAUCUGUCUCAGCUUCUCUGAGUACGUUUCUGCGCCCUUCUACUCAGGCUGCAACCCUCCUCAAGUUGUCAUUAAACUCCUGGCUGCUGCUGCCAUCUUGCUCAUCACCACGGUGAACGCGCUGAGCGUGCGGCUGGGGAGCUACGUCCAGAACGUGUUCACAGCGACCAAGAUGGUGAUCGUGGUCGUCAUCAUCAUCAGCGGAAUUGUCCUCCUGGCCCAAGGAAAUACAAGGAAUUUUGAAAAUUCCUUUGAGGGCACAAAGCUGUCUCUGGGAGCCAUCGGUCUGGCGUUUUAUAACGGACUCUGGGCGUAUGAUGGAUGGAAUCAACUCAACUAUAUUACAGAAGAACUCAGAAACCCUUUCAGAAACCUGCCCCUGGCCAUCAUCAUCGGGAUCCCGCUGGUGACAGGGUGCUACAUCCUCAUGAACGUGUCCUACUUCACUGUGAUGACAGCCACCGAGCUCCUGCAGUCCCAGGCUGUGGCCGUGACGUUUGGUGACCGCGUCCUCUACCCUGCCUCGUGGGUCGUUCCACUCUUCGUGGCGUUUUCAACCCUCGGCGCCGCUAACGGGACGUGCUUUACGGCGGGCAGACUUGUUUACGUUGCAGGCCGGGAAGGCCACAUGCUUAAAGUGCUCUCUUAUGUUAGCGUCAAGCGCCUCACUCCGGCCCCUGCCAUCAUCUUUUAUGGUAUCAUAGCGAUCAUUUAUAUCAUCCCUGGUGACAUAAACUCAUUAGUCAAUUACUUCAGUUUUGCUGCAUGGCUGUUUUAUGGCUUGACGAUCUUUGGACUAGUUGUGAUGAGGUUUACGAGGAAAGAACUGAAAAGGCCUAUCAAGGUGCCCAUUUUCAUCCCCAUCUUGGUGACUCUCUUAUCCGUGUUUUUGGUGUUGGCCCCAAUCAUCAGCCAGCCUGCAUGGGAGUACCUCUACUGUGUGUUAUUUAUGCUGAGCGGCCUUAUAUUUUAUUUCCUUUUUGUCUACUAUAAGUUUGGAUGGGCUCAGAAAAUCUCAAGUAAGUAUCAGCUGAGGGACUGCUUUGCUGUUAGUAAAGUGAGGCAGGCCCGACAUCCUGUAGCCUCAUCUGUCCCGAUUCUACCGGGACCUUCUCAUCACAGGGUCUUGCUCAGCUAACAAAUUUCAUCUCCUCUUUGGGAGGAGGCAUGACCUGUUCUCCUCAGUGUGACACCUCUGGGGUCCACCUGUGGCCUCUUCCUUUGUUCCCAUCAAUUCCUGUAACAAGCAGGAAAAGGAAGCACCGUUUUUUUUCUUUUUUUCAAAUGUAACAUACACAUAACAUAAAUCUUGACCAUUUUUAAGUGUACGGGUCAGUAGUGACAAUACAUAUUCACAUUGUCGUGCAUCCCACACCCGAAGCACUGCCUCGUGCCUGAUACCCGGACAUCAUCUGGGAGUCUCAGCAGCAGCCCAGAGACCCCCAAAAUGCGAGAGCUGGGACGAGGGCCUGAGCCUUCCAACGCCAAGGCCACGGCUCUUGCUUUUCACUCAGCCGUACUGAUUCGUUGUGUAUUUUAGGCAAGUUGUUUAAAAGUUUAGCUGUAUUAGCCAUUUUCAUCUUGAAAAAGCAAGCAGUGGCGGCAGAGUACAUCAGAGCACCCUGAAGCACACCCAAGGGUGUGUUAUGUUCUACACGGCGCAGCCGGCUGCAAGGAGCGCCAUUCACAAAAGCCUGCCAGGCUCCCGAGCCCCUCACCACACCAACAGUGAUCCACAGCCUUGCCUGGUCUCCGUCACCCUAAACAUGAGCCCCCCAGAGGCAGGAACUGGGCUGUGUACAAUUUAAUCCUGGAUCUAUACAGCAGCCACGUAGUACCUGAGUAAAUGUGAUGAAAAAUCUGCCUUCAGCUCGUUCUCACCAGGAGAGUACAGUCAUUCCUCAGGCACCCCAUGUGGUUUUUUAUUUAGAUGCAUACAACUUAGGGAGACAUACAAGGGAGCAAAGAGCAAAACCCAACUGCAAGUGGGGGAAGCUGGCCCUGAGACUCCAUUUAGACUGAGCCGCCAGCGACGGGGAUGCC